UGUAUAGAGGAAAGUGAUGAAAUCCAUGCCAUGUUAGACUAUUAUCAUGAUCUUGGUGUCAUCACCAAACAUGGUGAUACAGUGGUUCUCCAUUCUCAGUGGCUUAUUGAUCUGUUUAGAAAGUUGAUCACUGUCAGACCUUAUGAUGAUCAGAAUCCCAUGUAUGAGGAAUACUGGAAUGACCUUGAAGAAAGUGGAAUUCUGCGCAUGGAGCUUGUUGAGCAUGUUUUUAGUGAACUUUUAGAUAGCGGSCAAAGUAGAGACGAUCUUCUUGGAAUGAUGGAACAUUAUGGACUUAUUGCUGGGUUCAAGAAAGAUGCUGACACUCGGUACUUUGUACCUGCUCAGCUACGAUCAUCUCCAAAUGAAUUGUUAGAUAUUCAGCCAUCACCCAUCGGACCAUGCGCACUGUAUGUGCAUUUUAUUGAUGGUUUUGUCCCACAUGGUUUAUAUUCUUUGUUUGUGUCUAAAUUCAUUGCCUGGUGUUCCACAUCUCAGGAUGGUAGUCAACACGAGCCAAAUCUGUACCGAAAUGUCUCGCGUUUCAUUCUCGGGAAAUCUUCGGAUUACGAACUGAUAAUCAUCUGUAGGAAGCGAUUCAUCAAGGUCGUUCUAUGCAACCUUCAAGAGAACAAGUCAUGUCUGUACCAACCRGCAGUGUCUGUUCGAAGGUUCAUUGAAUCUACCUUGAAAARAAUCACUGUAGAGUGUACUUGGUAUCGUUCWAUGAGAUGUCAACUWUCUGUAUUGUGUCCGUCAUGUAGUGAAUCUCGAAAACCAUGCACGAAACAUCRUGAAGUUUCUUGUAGUAACGAUGACUGUAUCCAUCUUCUGGAAGUCAAUGACCAACAAGUUCUAGUGUGCACUAAAAGCUUUGGUAAAAAGUCACGUCCUGAAGUACAAAAUCUUGAAUUUUGGUAUGCCACUCCCAAGCAAGAUGCUGUUUCCAUACCAACAGACAAACUUAUGUGUUUAGCAUAUGACAUUGGUGAAAAGUGGAAGAUUGUGGGAAGAGCUUUGGGGCUGAAUGAAGCAGACUUAGACGAAAUAGAAAUAGAUGAAGACCAAUUGUAUGAACGCUGCUAUGCAGUCUUGAGACGGUGGACGGAGAGUCAUGGCUYGUCUGCAAAUUACGAAGCUCUAAGUUCUGCGUUAACACAUCCUGCGGUCGAGAUGUCGGAUCUUGCGUGGAAAUAUUGUGGUUCUGUUGAGAUAGAUGCACCAGGAAUCUCAUCAGAUGACACUCCACCUGAGGUUUUCAUAUCUUAUCAAUGGGAUAUACAAAGUACUGUAAUUGAACUUGCAUCUCUACUGAAAGAAAAUGGAUUCAAUUGCUGGAUUGAUAUCGGUCAAAUGGGAGGUGGAGAUUCACUGUAUGCAGAGUUAGAUAAGGGAAUCAGAUCUGCAAAGGUCGUUCUUUCAUGUGUGACUGACAGAUAUUGUAAGUCAGAAAACUGUCAACGCGAAGCAACGUUAGCAGAUUCCAUCAAGAAACCCAUAAUUCCCUUGUUACUAGAGCCCAUUCCCUGGCCACCUGCAGGACAGCUUGGUCUUAUUUUUGCCAAACUCCUGUACAUUGACAUGACACAGGGAUACCAAGCAAAAAUGGAUGAAUUAGUUCGAAAGAUUAAAGUACACACCUCGAAAUAGUGAUAAAGUUUUUUUUUAGGGUAAUUUGUAAUCCACCUACGUGAACCUUCCUUUGAAAAGUUUAGUAUAUUAGUAAAAUU